UUCUUUCUCAUGUCUCUGGGUUUCUAUUUCCUCCGGUAUUUUUCUCAGUAACCCUUUGGUAGCAUAUCUUUUUGGCGGCUAUAAGUCAAAAAGCUUUCAAAGGGAAAAGAGAUCCGAUAGGAGUCGAAGCUUAAACUCAUGAUUCGGUAUUCGAUUCACUGUGCAAUCGGAUCUUGAUCUGCCCCUAACCCAGUUGAGAGAAUCAAUCAAUAUACCAUGAUUUCCUCCCAAAAGGCUCUUGUAUUACCAGAUCAGCUUUUGACCGGUUGGAUCUUGGUUUCAGAUGGGCCAAGGAUUCGAUCCGGUACUUGCUUGUUGUCUUCAAGAGGUCCUUUUGCCAAAAGGAGUACAAAUAAGACUUUGUGGAUUUUAGACCAUCAAAAGGUACAAGGCUGAAUUUCUGGCAGCAGUGGAGUCAGGACUUUGCUCGCCAUUUCGACCUAGCAAACUCAAGAACUGGACUUCCCUCAUAACAUGAAAGAUUUAGAGCUCUGAAUCAACUUUCUAAAUCUUCAAACGGUUUGUCAUUCGGAGCUCGGAGCAGAGAGUUAUGGCCUUUUUACCAGAGGUGCGCAGAACUGCCUGGCAGCAAUGAAAUUCUGCCUUGAUCUUUAUUUUCGACCAACCAUCCUUGAGAUUUGGAUCUCCACCAAAACAUGAAGUUUUUAGAGCUCUGAAUCAGCUUUUUAAAUCUUCAAACGGUUCAUCAUUCGGAGUUCGGAGCGCAAAGUUAUGGCCAUUUUACCAAAGUAGAUCCGGGCGGAGCAAACCAAGCAUAGGGCAUUUUGCCCAAUUUUUGAGUGCUCGAGGCCCUAUUUCGAGCACUCGAAAUUAGGGCAGAAUUCUACACGACUCAGCCCACUUGUGCUUAGAUUUUACCUACUUUGGAAGCCCUCCUUUAUGAGUUGGUUGGGGAUGUUUCUUGGAGGAGAGAAAGGGCUUUUUGGGUGGAUUUCUUAUCUAGAUAAAGAGGGGAGAGCCAUACAUUUACAUUAAGCUUGAUUCUACAAGAUUAGAGGAGAGAGAAGAGAGCAAGGAGGAGAGUGUUCUUGAGUGCUACAGUAGAGCUCGAAAAUGAAGUGGUAUUCUUCUUCUUCUUCUUCUUCCAUUUUUGUAUCAAUGGAGAGCUAAACCUCCAUCUAGGGAGGUGAUGAAGCCUCCUCUUUUGAUCAUGUUCUAGAUUAGGCUAUACUUUUGGGGACUAUAAUGUAUAAUGUGUGGAAGUUUCAUAGUUUAAGAGCAUAUUCCUUCUUGUAAUGAAUUUUAAUGUGUAAAUGGUUGAUGUAAGUUCAUUGUCAUAUCUUUGAUGAUUAUUGGAUCAAUCUUAUUGCUUUUAUUUUCAUAGUGACAAUGAAAAUAUAGACUAUGAAUGUUUUUCAAGGCAUGUUGAUUUUGAAACUUGAUAUGCUCAAAUCCUCUAAGGCCAAACUUGUUUCUCUUCGGAAGGAUCAAUAUCCCUCACCAUUCAUUGAUCCAAGUUUGAGACCAUAUGAAGAAGGCAAGUUGCAUACGGAGCGUUAAGGAUCCAUCUCUCCAAUGGAUCCCGAUCCUGGUUCGUCUAGCUAUCGACAUUAAAUUUAGCAAAGCAAGGGAAGAAAUUCUUUUGAUGUUCCAAGCUUCCCUACCUUCUCAAAUUGCUCGUGCCUUGAAAUUUUUUGGGAAAUGGUUUAGAAAAGCCAAAAAUUUGAUUUUUCUGAAAUGGUCUUCAGUUGUGUUCCGCAAUUUUAGACUGGCCUCUUAGACCUUCUCAGCUCUAAUUUUCAUUCCCGAAAAUUUCCAUCGCUUUCUAGCAAUUUUAUAGGAUCUUUGGCAUGCAACUCAUGUGUACAACCUCUCAUUUUCAAUGCAUUGUUGGAUCAUGGUUCUCCAAAAUUUUUCAUGCUUUGGAAUGGAAUGAAUUUGCAAGGUUUAAAAAUUUUCUCCUACAUUCAUCCAUGCAUUUGAAGAGACCAAAUCCCAUCCAUGCAUUGAAGAGAUGUUCCAAGGCUUGAAAAUUUUCUCAAAAUCAUCCAUGCAUUGGAAAGGUGUUACAUUUUGAAAAUUUUUCCAAUUAUAUUCAUGCAUUAGCAAGAUGUUGCAAAGUUUGACACAUUUGUUUCAGCAAUUGCAUCCACUCAAAAUGCUCAUUGGGCCAAGAUUCUAAUGCUUGAAUGAUCUAACCAAAAUUCCAUGAGCUACUACCCAUUUUGGAGCACUCUAAAUUCCAUUUGGAUUGUUCCAAAUGUCUUCACCAUCAAUCCCAAGCUCACUGCCCAUUUUUGGAGCACUCUAGCUUCUAUUUGGAUUACUCCAAAUUACCACACCAACUUGCCGAAGUCACUGCCUUCAUUUCGAGCAAUCUAGCUCCAUUUUAGAGUGCUCCAAUUGUGAACCAAUCUUGCAUGCACCACUGCCCAAUUUUAGAGCGCUCUAAAUUCCAUUUGGAUUGCUCCAAAUUUCAGUUCUCACAGCUGAGCUCACCCCCUAGCCUACUGAGCCAUUUUUGAGCACUCUAAAUUCUAGUUUGAGUGCUCGAAUUUCAUGCACCAACCCACCCAACUCACUGCUCUCAGUUCGAGCACUCGUCGAUCCUAUUUGGAGUGCUCGAACUCCACCUUCUUUCUCUCUCCAUAGCCAACCCCAACAUACCGAACCUACUGGCUCCAUUUCGAGCACUCGAGCUCCCCCUAGCGAGUGCUCGAACACCUCAUGCCAACGCCCCGAGCACUCGUUGCCUCACCCUCAUCGCAUUCUCUUCCUCUCGGCCAUCUCAUCCAGGCCAACCCAAGCAUGCAACCACCCCUGCAUGCCAACUAACCACCACCCUGCCACCAACCUACCCACACCAAGCAACCCAACCCCAUCACUCCUCUCGGUUCACACCACCCUCCUCCAAAACCUUAACCAUCCUCACCCCAACCCAACCAACUCUCGGCAACUCCUCCAUCAACUAUCCUCACUCCAACACCCCCCACAACCCCCCACACAUCCAACCCUCAUGCAUGUUUUCAUAUAAAUAAAAUAAAAAAAAGUGAAAAAAAAAAGAAGAAGAGUAAAAUGGCAUACUUUUGGCAUUCUUUUGCUAUCCAUUUUAAACUUGUGGCUAAUGUGUGCCAAUUUAUGUUUUUGUAUAGAUUUCUAUCUUUCAAUAACAUUCAUGUUCAUAUUAUUUUUUCUGUUCCCGUUUUUCUUAAGAGACCUAUGCUUUUACAUGUAUAUUUUAGUUGUAUUUUGAUAGGUCUUCAUGUCCAAGUUUGGGGGACGCAGUUGCGCACUCACAUAGUUGAACAUCUUCGCCUUUGUCACUCCACUUGGUAUUAUUGUUCCUUUCCCCCCUUUUUGCUCUUAUUUUGAUUUACUUGUCUUCUCACAUUGAGGACAAUGUGACAUUUAAGUUUUGGGGUGCAUUUAUGCAUUUUUGGUUUCAUAAUUUUUGCUAAGCAAUGAUAGUAUAACUUGACACUUGUCGGAGAUGAAGCAUAUGUUUAAUACCUUGUGUAUAGAAGCAAUUGACAUUUUUGAAAAUAAAGAAAAAUUUGAGUUGAAAUGAUCAUGUAGAUUCAAAUUAGUCUGUAUAAAUGUCUCAAUUAGAUUUUUACUGGAUUUACACUCUUAUAAGCUUCACAAUGCACAGAUGCACAUUAAAAACUUAACUGUGAGGCAUGCAACUUGAUCAACCUUGACCUUGGCCUAGUUAAUCUGAUUUGAUGAACCUGAUAGAUGAAUAUCUUUGGCAUGAUUUAAGUUGAAAAAAAAAAAAAAAAAAAAAAAAAAAAAAAAAAAAAAACACUGAGAAAGAAAGAAAAAAAUGACCAGUUGACGUUCGUAACCUUUCCAACUCGAGCUAUUAAGCCCUAGGAGUGUCUCUACACUUAGUACUCUAAAGCCGUCUGGUUUGGGAGUGGUUGGCCUAACGCUUGCUACAAGGGUUGGUUAGAAAGCUUAAAGGACUUAAACAUUGCACGGUCAUUCAAAAAAAUUGUAAUAAACAUAGUUCGCUAGAGUUCAUAGCCUUUCCAACUUGAGCUAUUAAGCCCUUUGGAGUGUCUCUACACUUAACACCCUAAAGCCAUCUGGUUUGGGAGUUGUUAGCCUAACGCUUGCUACAUAGGUUGGUUAGAAAGCUUAAGGGACUUUAGCAUUGCACAACCAUUCUAUGUUUCGCUUACGAGUUGCAAUAAAUUGUCAACAAGCAACAAAAGUUGUCUUGUAAGUAAAAUCAUGCCUUAGGGACCUCAUUUAAAGGGGAAUUCAAUGAUUUGAAAACUUGUGCUUGGAAAUUGGAAAAGAAAGUAAAAGCUGCAUGUUGAGAAUCCAAUCCACUUUCACUGAAGUUAGAGUUGAUUUCCAUUUAAGAGAUGACAAUUGAGUUAUUUAUAUGGACUAUGAUGUUGAUGCAUGCAUGUUGAAAUGUGUUUAGUAUCAAUGCUUCAUAUAUGCAAGGUAGUCUUCCCAAUGACCCCAUCUCCAGCUCUUUUUCUGUUUCAAGUUAUUUUUGAGCUAUAUAUAUAUCUCAUUUUACCAUGGAUGAUAUUUUUGUAGUAGCAUGCCCAUGGUUGUCUUUUCAUUAAGUUUUUCAUUCUAGUUUUGCUAAGGGACUAGCAAAAUGUAAGCUUGGGGGUGUGAUAAGCACCAAAUAUUGCAUAUUCAAGUGCCCUUAAUUGCAUUAUUUAAGUCCAUUGUUUGCUUAUUUUAUGUAGAUUAUCCCCAUUUGUGUGUUUGUAUAUAUUUUCAGGUCCUUUUGCCAAAAAGGAGUACAAAUAAGACUUUGUGGAUUUUAGACCAUCAAAAGGCACAAGGCUGAAUUUAGAGCUCUGAAUCAGCUUUCUAAAUCUUCAAACGGUUCAUCAUUCGGAGUUCGGAGCGCAAAGUUAUGGCCAUUUUACCAAAGUAGAUCCGGGCGGAGCAAACCAAGCAUAGGGCAUUCUGCCCAAUUUUUGAGUGCUCGAGGCCCUAUUUCGAGCACUCGAAAUUAGGGCAGAAUUCUACACGACUCAGCCCACUUGUGCUCAGAUUUUACCUACUUUGGAAGCCCUCCUUUAUGAGUUGGUUGGGGAUGUUUCUUGGAGGAGAGAGGGCUUUUUGGGUGGAUUUCUUAUCUAGAUAAAGAGGGGAGAGCCAUACAUUUACAUUAAGCUUCAUUUUUGGGAAGAUAGACGAGAGAGAAGAGAGCAAGAAAGGUGUUUUUCAAGCUCCAAGAAGGUUGCACGAAAAUGGCCAUGAAGAUGGAGCUUUUUCCUUCUUCUAGCUUGGCAAUGGGUAACUAACUCCCUAUCUAGGGAGGUGAUGAAGCCCUACUUUGUAAGCAUGUCUUAGUUUUGGUUUAAUCUUGGGAAAUAUGUAUAUAUAUAGCACUUCCAUGGUCUAGAGCUUGUAUUUGAUGUAAUGAACAUAAACUCUUAUAAAUGAUCAUGUUGAAUAUAUUAUCUUCUCUUAGAGUGUAUGUUCUCAUGGUUGUAUUGCUUUCAUUUCCAUAGUGACAAUGGAAACAAGAUUGUGAAAGUGUUUUAAUUGGCAUGUAUUUGAGAAUGUUGUUAGUCCAUAGCUUAGGGUCCCCCUUUGAUGGAUUUAUUCUUGAUUCUUAGCUCCAUGUGCUAUCAUCAUAGUUAUUGAGGGGUUUGAUAGUCCCUAGCUUAGUGAAUAUGUGAAGUUACAAUUUCAUUUAGGUAGUCAAGCAUGUAUAACUUUGAGGGAUUAUGCUUAAAUCUUGAUUCUAUGAAAUUCUUGGAGAUAGUGUAGUAAUUUUGUAUUGCUACAUAUCAUUGCCAUAUAUCUAAUUUGUUUCCCAAGUUAACCACAUACUAGCAUGUUAAUAGAGUAGGUAAUGGAUUCAUCUCCCUAGUCUUUUCUACUUGUAUCUCACUUCUUUACAUUCCUUGCAAUCUACUAGUUUAUGCAUCUUUACAUUUCUAGUUUAGUGACAAACAAACAAACCCUUAUUACCCCUUAUCAUUCUAAGAAUGAUUCUAGACAUUUAGGUUGCCUUAGACUAGCGCAGUCCCAGUGGUUCGACUUACUCGACCAAUAGCCCUAUUUUACAAUGAUUCGUGCUAUUGCGAAGGUUGAUGUAUGAUUGACCAACCGAUCAGUGCUCGGGACAAAGAACGAGGCAAAAGGCCUCAUCCUGACGGUGGAGUCAACCUUGAGGAAGAACCUCUUAUAAGAAGGACCCGAGUCUCUGGGCCGAGUGCUCUCUUGCAUCGCCCAGUCAGAGCUCCUGCCCCCUCCGGGCCUGUUGCAGCUGGUGCCUCUGCUUCUGCUUCAGCUUCUCCUUCUAUUCCUGUUUUACCACCAUGGGCUCCUCGGUACACCCGAACGGAUGGGACGUUCGUGAAGCCGAACGAGACCAUGUUAAAGGAUGGCCAGACCGCCAUGGCGUAUUAUAGGAGCAUGUGGACUCCGAAAGACCUUGAGGCGGCGAAUGGUCUGUCCCAAAAGGAUGUGUUCAGUCGCUUUCCCCAAUCUGCCAUGGAGGUGACUUUUAUUUUCUAACUCAUGAAUCCUCUCAUACUAUUUGGUCUUGCCUUCGUCCGACCAGGCUAUCGGUUUAACUAGUAUUCAUGUAUAUCUAUGCAGACUUUGUUCGGUAUGAUGGCUAUGCAGAAGCAGGUGGAAAUGGGGAACGCCAGGGCCCGUAAGUUCUCUGAUAGCCUGGAUGUGGCUAAUAAGGAAAACGACCUUCUCGCCAGCAAGAAUACCGAGAUAUUGGCUCGGCUUGAAGAAACCGAAAAAGAAAGAGAUGUACUGAAGAAGGAAAACGACUCUCUUCAGGAUGAGAAGGAUGCCCUCCAGCUUGAGAAGAGUGUCUGGCAGACUGAACGUGAUUCAAUCAGAGACGAAAAGGCAGAGCUCCAGCGCCUUCUGGCUGAUGAACAGUCUGCUCAGAUGGCUUUUGAGAAAAGAGCUCUGGACGAGCGCAACGCUCUGAUUGAUACCAUCAGCAGAGUGAAUGGUGGAAUGCUGGCUCUUCAUGCUCGAUUCUCAAGAGUCGGAGCUCUUAGAUAUACUCAGGGAUUCCGAGAUGGUUUCUCCGACCGAGUUCCGGCUGAGGGACAGACUAGCUCAACUCCGGAUGAGAUUGAUAAGGAUUUGGGGAUUGAUCAUCUGGGGGUCUAUGUUGACCCAGAACCCACCGAAGCCGAGCACAUAUUUGAUGAAUGUCAGGAGAUUGCUUCCUCUAGGAUCACUACAGCUCCUCCUACCGUUCAGCCUAUAACCGCUCUUCAUUCGUCAACUGUGGUAUCUCCUAUAGUCACUGCUGACGUUGGCCCCCAGCAGAAUGACUCUGUUAUUCAUCUUGAUUCCCCACCUCGUGAGGGUGAGAUGGCUGACGAGACCGAGGAAGCGGAUCAGCACAACCAGGAGGCUGUCGGUACUGAGGCAGCUAGCUAGGACUCCUCCAGACUCUUCGAUUCCAUACUCUUUUGUAACAAUGUGACUUGAAUACUUCACUUUUUGUAACUCCAAUGCUUAUUAUAAAUGAGAUGACAGAACUCUUUUUUCUCUUUUUUCUUUGUGCUACGCUCUGUUCAAACCCAUUUUCAAUAUAUAUAUAUAUUUUUUAUAUUAACUUUGUCGUGUGCGUGUUUUUGGCAGUGCUUGCCACUUGGCUUUUCAUUUUUUUAAAACCCUUUGAAAAGGAAAGCUAUUUUUAUAAAUUUCAGGAAUUUGCACAUUCAUACGUACUUGAUUGACAACAAACAACACCCAAUAAAGCCGAAACUUAGCUUUUAUUGGUAGUACCUCUUCAGAGACGUAGCAUUUCAGGGCUUGCUGACCAAUCUUCCCGCCAUGGUCUCUAACGUAUAUGCUCCCUUCCCUAUGACUUCUGCAAUUCUGUAUAGGCCUUCCCAGGGUGGCAUCAUUUUUUUGACUAUCCCUACCUUUCUUUUCCAAACCAGAUCGCCAGGGGCAAAAUCUCUGUGUUUCACUCUUUUGUUGUGACUAUUCGCCAAUACUUGCUGGUAUGAUGCUAACCUUAUUGCUGCAGCGUCCCUCUUUUCGUCUAUCAUAUCGAGGUUCAAUCUUAACAUUCUGUCGUUCUGAUUUCGACUCCAUGCUAAGCUUCUGAUAGUUGGGACCAAGUGCUUAACCGGUAUAACCGCCUCAGUACCAUAUGCCAUUGCAAACGGGCUCUCCCCAGUCGGCCGCCUUGGGGUGGUUCUGUAAGCCCAUAGGACGUUCGGGAGCUCAUCCAACCACUUCCCUUUAUGGUCCUCCAGCUUCUUCUUAAUGCAGGCGAAAAUUGUUCUGUUUGUAAUUUCUGCUUGUCCAUUGGCCUGGGGAUGACUUACUGCAGCCAACUUCUGAUUAAUUCCAUACUCCUCCAGCAGCUCUCUUACUUGUUUGCUGUCGAGGUUCGUGCCAUUAUCCAUGACUAUUGACCUUGGAACGCCGAAACGGCAAAUAAUAUUACUCCAAAUAAAUCGUCUCACAUGAGUCUGAGUCACGCUUGGAUAUGGUUCUGCUUCCACCUACUUAGUGAAGUAAUCCGUGGCCAGUAGCACAUACUUAUUCUGAGCUCUUGCCGUUGGCAGAGGACCGACCACAUCCAUCCCCCAUUGCGCGAAAGGCCAUGGCGAGGCCAUUACGUGCAAUUCCUCAGGUGGUUGGUGGAUCAAUGGUCCAUAUCGUUGGCAUUUAUCGCACCUUCGAGAGAACUCCUCUGCAUCUCUUGACAUGUUCGGCCAGAAAUACCCUUGUGUCAUUGCUUUAUGCGCUAACGAUCUUCCCCUAGAAUGAUUGCCACAUACGCCUUCAUGAAUAGCUCGCAACACCUGCUGCGACUCUGCGGGGGUGACACACUUCAAGUAUAGGCCAGAGUAGGACCUUCUGUACAGCUGGUUAUGCACGAUGGCGUAUU